AUGGUUGAUGAGGCUACAAAGAAAACUCUUGCUGCGAUUCCACUUCUCAAAACAAGAGCUGGUCCUCUAGAUGGAGAUAUGUGGAUACAAAGGUUGAAAGAAGAAUACCAAGCCUUAAUAAAAUACGUGGAAAAUAACAAAGCUGCAGACAACGAUUGGUUUCGCAUUGAAUCAAAUCAACUUGGGACUCGUUGGUAUGGAAAAUGUUGGUAUAUACAAGAUAUGAAAAAGUAUGAGUUCGAUUUGAGCUUUGAUAUACCUGUUUCAUAUCCCAGUACUAACCCAGAACUUGCCUUGCCUGAGCUUGAUGGAAAAACAGCGAAAAUGUAUAGAGGCGGAAAGAUAUGUCUUACGGAUCAUUUCAAACCUCUAUGGAGUAGGAACGUCCCUAGAUUCGGAAUUGCACAUGCAAUAGCACUUGGUUUGGGUCCUUGGUUGGCCGUAGAAAUACCUGAUUUGAUAUCAAAAGGGAUUGUUAAACACAGAGAUGAUCAGUAA